AACCCGAGCUGCUGGUCACUGUAGCACACAGUUGAGGGGGAACACCCGGCGGGCGCGGGUUAGGCCUGGUCAGCAUGGACAGCUUGGGCAGCGCAGCGAUGGAGGCACGGGCUGUGGAGUCGGAGGAGAUGGUCGCGGAGGAGACUGAGGAGGAGGACGAGGAGGGAGAGGAGGAAGAGGAGCAGCAGAAGACUGAGACGGAGGCUGAGUCUGAGGCGGAGACUGAUGCCAGGCUAUCAGACCAAGAUGAAGAGGGCAAGACCAUGCAGGAGUGCAUCAUAUCUAACCCCACAUUUUCCAUGGUGGCAGUUCAACGGGAAGACAGUGGAAUAACCUGGGAGACCAGUUCAAGUAGAUCUUCUACUCCAUGGGUCUCAGAAGAGAGCCAGACUUCUGGAAUGUGUAGUUUGGAAGGAUCAACUGUGAGUUCUCCUCCAGGAAGUGUUUCCUUUACCAUGGAUGAAGUUAAAAAGGUUAGGAAAAGAACUCGUAAAUCAAAGCAUGGCUCACCACCAUUGCAUCAGAAAGGCAGCAAAAAAAGAAAUUCUUUUGAACACCAAGAUGUUCCAUCAAACAAAAAAGACAAUCCUUUAAGUUCAGAAAGCCAGGCAGGAAACAUGGAGAAAGAGAAGUCAACUCUUGGCCUUUAUGAUAAAACAAGAAAAAAGAAGACCACCUCAAAUGUUCCCCCUAUUACUGGGGCAAUAUACAAAGAACACAAACCAUUAGUGUUAAGGCCAGUCUACAUAGGAACUGUACAAUAUAAAAUUAAGAUGUUUAAUUCAGUUAAAGAAGAAUUAAUUCCUCUGCAAUUUUAUGGAACGUUGCCUAAGGGUUAUGUCAUUAAAGAAAUACAUUACAGGAAAGGGAAAGAUGCAUCCAUUAGUCUAGAACCAGACUUGGACAAUCGUGGUCCUAACAUAGUUUCCAAAACAAGUAAAUUGGUCACCCAAAGCACAGAAGGUGAUAAAAUGGGAGAGCAUGGUCCCCCUUGGAGAGAUGUGCUUUCCAAAGGAUCAAAGUCUCUGAGCUCAUUAUUUGGUCAUGAAGAUAGAAAAAAAAUUGAUGUUGAGUCCUCCCUAAAAGCCACAUCUGCACCUGGGCACACAGCCUCCCAUUACUCAAGUAAUGACAUGGCAGAACAAGAUGUGUCGCUCAGACCCCCACAGGCAAUGCCACAACAGUUAGGUGAUGAGGCAAAAGCCCAUGAAAUGGAGCCUUUCUCUCUCCCUCCUGAGGUAUCAGCAACUGGGUUCCUUGAGACAGCAAAGGCAGAAUCUGAGGCGGAGGCAGAGGCAGCUGUCAGUUCAGAGAUGGACUCUUCAGUCUCUUCAGCCUUGGUUGGUGAAGUUAUGCAGGAAGUCAUGGGUUCUGCUGACCAUGUCGUGUCACUAGAGACAGAGAAGAAUUCACUAGGGACAGGCUCACUGGCUCUGUCACCAUCUACCCAGGAAGGCCUUGAGACAGGCAAGGAAGAACUAGGACUGACUUCAUUAGAAAGGAUGGAGCCAGCUUCUGGAUGCGUGGCCCCCAUUCAUCCUGGUGUCCAAGGAGAGAGAGAGGAAUCUGGGCUUGAGCCAUCCAUUUCUCUUCUUGAGUCACUCAUGUUCCAAGAACCAGAACAAGAUAAACUGGAAAUUUCCCCACUAACAGCUGCUUCGCCUGAACCUGAAGGUUCUGAUUUGGAAGAAGAGAUCAUAGAACUUGAUUAUCCAGAAAGCACAUUAGUUUCUAAGCAGCUUUCCCCAUCACGGUUGUCCCCUGAGGUGCUGCUUAAAGAGGAGCCCAUCCCUGCAUUACUGACAAUGGCACCACCUGACCAUCUCACUGUAACUGAGAAUAAGAUGGAGGAAACUGAAUCUGCUCCUCCUGACUCUGCUUUUGUGUCAGAGUAUUUGGUCCCUCAGGAUUUGAAUAAUGAACUAGAGAAGCAAGAAUUUGAGCCAGUUUCUCCAUCUAACACAAAAGCCAUAUCUGAAUGUGCAGUUUUAUCUGAGGGAGAGAAUGAGGAGUUUGAGCCUUGUUCCCUGGCUGUGGCCUCAGCAUCCGAGAGUUCUCUCUCACCACCCACAUCUGAGAAGGCUUCUGGAGGCAUGUCACUACUGUCUUCUGCUAUCCCUCCAGAGCACAUGGUCUUUUCAGGAAGUGAAGCCUCAGAAAGUGGAUGUCAUACACCAGAUUCCACAUCUGUUUCAGAAUAUUCAGUUCCCUUGCAUGAAGCACAAGAGUCACUGAAGAAAACAAUUGACCACAAGUCCCCAUUAAAAUCAAAAGGAGUUUCUGAGCACGUGAUUUUGUCAGAAGAGAAGAAGGACACUGGGUCACAGUAUCCAGCUGUGGCCUCCAAGUCUGAGCGCUCUCUCUCACCAUCACUGAUGGAGCAGACUUCUGAGUGCCAGAGCCCCCUCCCUCCUGCUGCUACCCCACAACAUGUCCUCUCAGAAAAUGAGAGCCUUCCAAGUAAACCUCUCACAGCAGAUUCAAAAUUGACUUCCAAAUCUGCAGUUCCCCUAAAUGCAACGCAGAAACCCAAGAAGAUAAUUAAUGAGAUGCCCCAAUUCAAAUUAAAAGACAGUUUUGAGCACAUGAUUCUGUCAGAAACAGAGAAGGAAAAUGAUGUCUCAUGUUCCCCAGAGGUGGCUGUGGUACCUGAAUGCUCUCUCCUACCCCACACACCUGAAAUGACUGCUGAAUACCAGGCCCCACCAUCUCCAGGCACCCUCUCUGAACAUGUGGUCCUAUCAGAAGGAGAAACCACAGAAAUGGAGCAGUAUUCACACUCUUCCACAUCUGCUUCUGAGUUUUCAGUACCACCAUAUGCAACACCAGAGUCCCAGGAAGAAGAAAUUGUCCAAAGAUCCCCUUUACAUCUCAAGGGCACCUCAUCACCCAUGAAUUUGCCAGAACAAGAAGACAUUGGACCCUUUUCUCCAGAUUCUGCAUUUGUGUCAGAAUUUUCAUUUUCUCCUGACCCAACUCAGGAAACAGAAAAAAGAGAAUUUGAGUGUGUUUCCCCAGUGUGCUUAACAUCACCAUCUGGACACAGUGUUUUGUCAGAGGAAGACACUGAAGAUGUUGCACUUUUCUUCUCAGACUCAGCAUCACAAGUUUCAGUCCCACCAUACAGAAUUCCAGAAACAGAAAUGAAUGAAAGUGAGCCAGAUUCUCUCUUAACAGUAAGGUCUGCUUCAGGAUUUUCUUACUUUUCAGAAGCAGAUGAGGAAGAAAUUGGAUCAACAGCUGUUACCCCCAUCCCUGAGUAUUUUGAUUCAUCAGAAAAGCAAAAAGAUGAGCCUUGUCCUGUCAUGUCUACACUUGAAGACCUAAGCCUUCCUUCCUCAGAGGACAAAGCAGACAGUGCAGCAACUAGGCCAAAUGUUCAAACAUUCUCAACGUCUGUAUCAGAAUAUCUCAUUUUGGCACAACAGCAGAAAACUCAAGCACCUCCAAAGCCUGAGUCUGGAGAUUUGGUUCCACCAUAUUUAACUAAUGGAUCAGAACAGGAAGAAAUGAAAGCUAAUUCAUCAGCAGCUACAACUCAAGCUGCUUCAAACAUACAAUCAUCCAUGGCAAAGGAAGAACCCAAACCUGUUUUGCCUAUGUCUCAGUAUUCAGUUUCACUUGAUUCAGUCUGUGCAACUAAAAAAGAACAGGAACCCAAGGCAUCACUCACUGUGAAAGCUACAGAUGAACAGAUGGCUUUGUCAAAAGUCAGAAAGGAAGAAACUGUGCUUGAUUCUCAAGAAGCUGUAGCACAUGUGUCACAGGAUCAAAAACUGGAUCCUCAGCCUCCAAAUGUUCCAGGGUCUGAGAUAAAAUAUUCAGUUUUGCCUGAGUUGGUAGAUGAGCCAAAGAAGGAUAUCAAGCUCAAUUUAGCUCCAACUGUGCCUUCUGAACUAGAACAGAGCAUGUUGUCAAAGAAUAAGCCUGAAGUAGUCAGAGCAUACUCACCUCCAAAGAAAAGCUCUAUAUCUGGACCUGAGAUUUUAUCUGGAGUGAAAACGGAAGUGAAAUAUGAUUCCAAAAUACCAAGAGAGCUUCAUUCAACCUCAUCCAGAGAAGAAAAGGAAGUUGAACACGGUUCACGUGAACCAACAUUCCCAUCUUUGUCAGAAGGAAUAAAGAAAGAAAUGGAGCUCAGCCCCUUGACAACCACAUCUGUAACUGAGUGUGAUUCAAACUUGACCACAUUAGUAAAAGACAUCGCGACAAAUUCAUCUCCUGCCACCCCUAUAGAAAAACAUCCAGUCUCAACAAAAGUAGGGAAGGGGGAGCUAGGAAGUGGUUUGCCUGUACUCUGCAAAAAUAUAGAUGAGCAUUCCAUUCUUAAAGAAGAGGAAAAGGUAGCAAUUAGAAAUGCUUCUUCUCGAAUUGAAACUUUUGCAUCCAAAGGUUUGGUUCCAUCAGAAGAGGAGGAGGAAAUCGAAACAAAUUCGCCUCCAACUGUGUGCUUUAUCUCAGAGCACUCUAUUUUGUCAAAGGUAGACACUGGAGAAGUGAAACCUAGCUUGCCAGUAACCAAAAUGUCAUUUCCUCAGCAUUCAGCUGUGUCUGAGGGAGCAAGGGAAGAAGAUAAACAAGGUGCUUCAUUGUCUGUGACCCUUGACUCUACACAUUUGGUUUCAUCACAAGAAAAGAAUUCAGUUUUUGCCUCAGAAGUACCAAAGCCUGAACUUGUCCUUUCACUCAGGCUGGGGAGUGGGAUUGAGAAAGAAGAAACUAGACUUCUUUCAUCACACACUGUGUCAUCUGCACCUGAAAACAUAGUUCCAGGAGGCAAAAAUGAAGUAAUUACAAGUUCUUCUCCCGAGUUUGAAAACUUAGUGCCAGAAGACUUAGUUCCACCACUACCUACCCUUGAGGAUGACAACAACAAACAAUUAUGGAAUACAACUUCUGCAGCUCAUGGGGCUUUUCUGUUGGGAAUACAAGAUCUUGCUCCAGGAGUACUCCAUUUGGAAUCAGAGAAGAAAGAUAAGCCACAUCAAGUAUUUGAAUCACCAAAGGCUCGGCCAGAACUUACUGAUGGUUUGGGCAGACAGACUAGAUCUGUGGACACAGAGCCAGUAACAUCUCUUACAUCUGAUACUGAGGGUUCUGUUUUUGAGAAGGGUCCAACUGAAAUUUGGAGCAGAGGAGAAGAAAAUAAAGAAAACAGGGAACUCUUUGUGUCUGCUAUGGAACCAUCAAAGAUUGCUUCUUCUGACUUCCAUGUAGAACAAAAGAAACCUGAAAAAGUACUUUAUUCAGAUGAAGCUGUUGAUUUGUCUGAUAAGAGCAGCUCUUUUGAAGAUAAGCCAGAUCAAAAUAUUAAACAAUUGCCAUUCAUGAAAGACAACUUGCCUUGGGAACAGUCCCAAUCAUUUGAUACAACUGAGCCUGCACAGCUAGAAUUCUCAAGUCCCGGUGAUCUGCUGAUGCAACAGCUUGAGGCUGCGCCAUCAGAUGAGGAUCACACUUAUGGAAUUGGGAAACACAUUCUGCCCCAGGCUGUGGAAGAAUCUCAUUCCCCAUUAGAAGAACCAUCAUCCAUUCCUGGCAUGUCUGGGGGUAAUACAAACAACUUAUCAACUGAAACUUACUCUUUUGAAGAAAUAAAGGGGGUCCAAGAACCAAAACCUCUAGGUCCAGCUGGAAAUUUGGAAAGAAACACACAGAAGGGGCAUAUCCAUCCUCCUAUGGAGAGUGAAAGUUUUAUAUUGGCGAGAGCAAACACAGACUUUUCCAGGACUUCCAAAGAAAGCCUCCAGGAAGAAGCCAAACUACCUCCUGAAAUGUCUACCCAGAAGCCAGUGUCUGGUCCAUCAGCAGAACCAAGGAAUUUGGAAACUAUCCUCUCUCCUGUCAAAGCAUCCCCUUUCCUGGUGGAAGCUGUGGAACCAACUCUGUGCAGUGAGAAAGAAGCACAGAGGAGCACCCCUUCAUUACUUAAAGAGAAGCCACAAGAAGAAUCAAAAAUGGUUCCAUCAAAGAUUAUAGAUGAGGCUGCCAAGGGAAGGAAAUCAGCAUCUGAAGUGAAUAUACACACCCAAACAACCCAAACAAGAUCCAUCCCUUCAAUCCAGGCCAGAGAAGAACCUCAACCCUCAGAGGCACCUGAAUUCAAACAGCAACUGCAUGAGAAGCCAAAAGUGGCCGAACAAAGGCUUCCCGAGGAAAAGGGGAAGAAAGGACUUUCCUCUUUCAAAUCAUGGAUGUCCAGUUUACUUUUUGGAUCAAGCACCUCAGAUGAUAAAGUUGCUGAAAAAGAAGAUUUAGAUAUUCAACAAAGUCUCUCUGCAGAAAAAGCAGUGACUGUGAUAGAGCCUAAAACUCCUACUGAUUUUAAUUCAACGAAGAAACCAGCUAAUCAUUCAUUAACAGAGGUGUCUAGUGAAGAUUAUAGGAAGAACAAAAUCCCAGACUCUUCAGAGGAAAUGGGCAUAAACUUAGUUACUUCUGCUGAUAGUGAGGAACAUCUCAGAAUUCAACCAAAUAAGAAAUUGGUUAUGGAGGAAACCAAAGAUGUUCUUUCUGAUGUUACUGACAGUAAGAGAUACCAGAAGCCUGCAAUAGCUGCUCCAUCUAACUGGAAUAUUUCUAUCCUUAAAGAAGAACCAAGUGGUGAUCAAAAAGAAAAAUCAUGUUCAUUUGACAUUGUAAAUAAGACGUCACAACAGCUAAAGUCAGAUUCAUUCAAUGUCACAGGUAAAAAUGUCACAAAGGAAUCAGAGAAGCCAGAGCCAAUACUUUUACCAGUAGCAGACUCAAAAGGUAGUUUAAUUGAUCUUAGUGAGGACAGGUUAAAGAAAGAAAUUCCCCAACCUACUUCCUUGAAACUUUCUGAAGAGGGAGUAAAACUCAGGCUCGUCAGCCCAGUGGAGCAGAAAAAUAACUUGGAAACUGGAUCGUAUACCUUAACAGGAAAAAAUGGCCUGGCAGACAAACAAGAAGUGGUAUCCUCCUUAGGGCUUAGCAAAAGUGAAGAACCAGUGAAAGCACAAAUGACACAAGAAUAUAGACCUAUUAAAUUAGAAGAAUCAGAGGUUGCUGCUAGGCUAGAGCACAUGUAUCCAAAUGAAGAGUAUAGGGAAAGAGCCAAAAUUAAUGUUUGUUCUGAGGAGAAGAAAGGAGAAGAAAAGCAGGCAGAGGCAUUUUUGGAAGGAAAGAAGGAGCAGGAAAAUCAGCCUUGUUCUCUGAAUGUGGCCAGGUCUAUGCCUAAAGAGCCAGCCAUCUCUUCUCUUCGUUCUUCAAGUGAAACACAAUCAUUUUUGUUAAUUAAAACAACAUCAGUUACUGAAAAACCAGGAAGUGUGCUUUCAGAGGCUCACUCAGAAGUCAAAGAAAGAAAAGUGGUAGAAAGCCAACCAUACCUGGUAGAAGAAAAUGAAAGUUUUGUGAAGAAAACCAAGAUUUUGAGAUCAGUGAAUCUUCCUUAUCAUGAUGAAAUUAAUAAGCAUCCUUUACCUCUGGAAGAAAAUGUGAUAUUAGAAAAGCCAAGCAGAGAUACACCAGAUCACAGAGAGGAAAGGGGGCAGUUCACAGUGUCACAGCUGUCCACAGGUGGUUUAGUAGACACCACAAAAGAAAGGGUGAGGCAAUCAUCUUUACAUGGAGACCCUGAAAGAACUGUAGGUCAUCAUUCUGAUGAUAUAAAGAGCCUAGAAGUGACACCAUAUUUGUUAUCAUCUAUAAGAUCACAAAGCCAUAUUCCAGAAGUUUGUCCAGAAGUUAACACAGAGAAGAAACAAGAUAUGCCAUCAUCAGUACUGACUCCAGGUCAUCCUACAGGCCACACCAUUCAGAUGUCUGAAGAUCACCCAUCUGAGAUAUUGGAGCAAUCUGUUCUGCUUUCAAAGCACCAGCUGGAGACUAUGGAAGAUGCUCACAUAUAUGAACCAGUCUCUUCAGCAGUGAGCAACUAUGCCCAAUUUAUAAUUAGUGCAUCAAGAAGCACAGCUGCUGAGAUGGCUUCUACCACAGAAAUGUCCAAGGAGUCUGAAGAUACAUAUGCAAGAGAUGUGGAAUCCACAGUGACUAGUAAACCAGCUGGCCUUUCACAAGAUCAGAAGAGUGCCUUCAGUAUAAUUUCUGAAGGGUGUGAGAUAUUGAACAUUCAUGCACCUGCCUUUAUUCCUUCAGUGGAUGAGGAAGAAAGUGAACAAAUGCAAGACAAGUUAGAGUAUUUAGAAAACAAAGCUUCACUUAAGACUAUAGCCCUUUCUGAUGAUAGUGAGGCAAUUGUUUGCCAUAAAAUGUUACAGGGUAAGAUGGAAGAUUCUGAUGGAAAAGUUACACCGUUGAAGGAGGAUGAAGGAAAGGGAGCUCAUGUUACAAAAGAGAAGCUAUCCUUGGACUCAGACACUGGUGAUUUAGCUUUCAGUCAGUCAACAAUUCCUAGUGAAGAGGAUUACUUUGAAAAAUAUACUUUGAUUGAUUAUAACAUCUCCCCAGGUCCAGAAAAACAGGAAGCUCCAUGGAAAUUAACUAUGAAAGAAGUGCUCUCAAAAGGAGCUACAGAAGAAAUACUCACUUUUCCAGAAAGUUCACAGGAAGGUGCUCUAGAACAUGCAUAUGACCUGGUGAAAUUAGACGAAAGUUUUUAUGGCCCAGAAAAGGACCACAGCAAGUUAUCUCAGCCAGGGAUACAAAAGCCUUUGGUUACCCAAAAAUCAGCUGACAGAAAUGCUUCAAAGAGCGUAACUAGAGAUGUGGACUCCAGGUUGCCUGGGAUGCCUUUAUUUGGUUCUGAGGAAGGGGUUUUAUCCAGAACCCAGAUAUUUCCAACCACCAUUAAAGCUGUUAAUCCUGAACUCCUGCAGGAGCCACCCGCACUUGCGUUUCUAUAUAAGGAUCUGUAUGAAGAGGUAGCUGGGGAGAAAAAGAAAGAAGAGGAGAUAGCUUCUGAAGGUGACAGUGUGAAUUCUGAGGCAUCAUUUCCAAGCAGAAAUUCUGACACUGAUGAUGGAACAGGAAUAUAUUUUGAGAAGUAUAUACUCAGAGAUGACAUCCUCCAUGACACAUCUGUAACGCAGAAGGACCAAGGCCAAGGUCUAGAAGAAAAACCAGUUGGUAGGAAUGAUUCAUAUCAAAUGAUAGAUUCAGAGGGGGAAAUUUGGAGGAAAUCUGGAGCUGCUCUUUGGGAAAAGAGUCUGAAAGAACAGAAGGCUGUUUACAGAGAAAAAUCUGUAGGCCAUGUGGAGACCUCUGAUGAAACAGCAGUGCAGAGGACGGUUCCCAUUGUCGAGGAGAUCAGUGCAGUUGACCAGAAGUUAAGCUAUGCGGUUCCAUUUCAAGACAGCUGCAAUGUUUUGGAGAGUAUUGCUGAAGUGAGCAGUGAAGGUCAUGAGACAGGAAACACAAGCCCAGAGGUCAGUCAGAAUGUUCCAACACAAGUGUCCUUCACAGAAGAAGGGUUUGCAUCAGGUGCAGCUUGUAUUCCAGAGACAUCACAAGAAGAACCUAAAAUGCUGGUGCCACCCACACCAAGUGAAGAGUGGCUCCGAAACAGCCCUGUGCAGGAUGAGUAUGAGUUUGCUGAAUCCCUGAAUUAUGAAGUGGUUAGUCAGGGCACUCUAUCAGAUGAGCUGUGCUCAGAAUCUGCACAGGAAGGCAUGUUGCCUCAGGGGAAGGAGUCCUUUGAACACCUCGGGAAAUGUGAAUUUCUCACUGAGGCAGAACAGACUAUGUCUGCUGACCAGAAUGAGUUAGGUAGAAAGAGGACAGCACAAGACCAAUUGUCAUCAGAGUUAGUGAGCGAGAAGGCACAAAAGGAACCGAGAAAGUCCCAGAUUGACACAUACUGCUACACCUGCAAAAGCCUAAUUUCUACAAUGGACAAGGUGUUUGGCACCCACAAAGAUCAUGAGGUUUCAACGCUUGACACAGCUAUCAGUGCUGUUAAGGUUCAAUUAGCAGGAUUUCUUGAAAAUUUACAAGAAAAAUCCUUGAGGAUUGAAGCCUUUGUUAGUGAGAUUGAAUCUUUUUUUAAUACCAUUGAGGAAAACUGUACCAAAAAGGAGAAGAGGCUAGAAGAACAGAAUGAAGAGAUGAUGAAGAAAGUUUUGGCACAGUAUGAUGAGAAAACCCAGAGUUUUGAGGAAGUGAAAAAGAAGAAGAUGGAGUUUCUUCAUGAACAGAUGGUUCGCUUUCUGCAGAGCAUGGACACCGCCAAGGACACCCUGGAGGCCAUCGUUAGGGAGGCAGAGGAGCUUGAUGAGACUGUGUUCCUGACAUCAUUUGAGGAAAUCAAUGAAAGGCUGCUGUCUGCUGUGGCCAGCACAGCCUCACUGGAGAACAUGCCAGCCGCCUUCUCACUGUUCGAGCAUUAUGAGGACUCCUCAAUCAGAAGUGACCAGAUGCUGAAGCAAGUGGCUGUUCCACAGCCUCCAAGGCUAGAACCGCAGGAACCAAAUUCAGCCACAAGCACAACGAUCACAGUUUACUGGAGCAUGAACAAAGAAGAUGUUAUUGAUUCCUUCCAGGUUUACUGCAUGGAAGAGCCACAGGAUGACCAGGAACUAAAUGAGUUGGUAGAAGAGUACCGAUUAACAGUGAAAGAAAGCUACUGCAUUUUUGAGGACUUGGAACCUGACAGAUUCUAUCAAGUGUGGGUGAUGGCUGUGAACUUUACUGGCUGCAGUCUGCCCAGUGAAAGAGCCAUUUUUAGAACAGCUCCCUCAACCCCUGUUUUUCGGGCUGAGGAUUGCACCGUGUGUUGGAACAUGGCCACCAUCCGAUGGCGGCCUGCCAAUCUGGAAGCCACAGAGUCCUACACUGUGGAGUACUGUAGACAGCACUCUCCAGAGGGUGAGGGCCUCAGAUCUUUCUCUGGAAUUAAAGGACAUCAGCUGAAAGUUAACCUCCAACCCAAUGUUAAUUAUUUGUUCUAUGUGAGAGCUAUCAAUGCUUUUGGGACAAGUGAACAGAGUGACACUGCCCUCAUCUCCACCAAAGGAACCAGAUUUCUGCUAUUGAGAGAGACAGCUCAUCCUGCUCUGCAGAUCUCCUCUGAUGGGACAGAAAUCAGCUUCACUGAGAGGAGGCGACUGACAGAAAUUCCAUCAGUGCUGGGUGAGGAGCUGCCUGCCUGCGGCCUGCAUUACUGGGAAACCACAGUCACCAACUGUCCUGCUUAUCGACUUGGCAUCUGCUCCAGCUUGGCGGUGCAGGCCAGGGCACUAGGACAGGGGGAGACCUCAUGGUACAUGCACUGCUCAGAACCACAGAGGUACACAUUUUUCUAUAGUGGCAUUGUGAGUGAUGUCCAGGUGACUGAGCGCCCUGGCCGCGUGGGCAUUCUGUUGGACUAUGCUGGCCAGAGGCUCGCGUUCAUCAAUGCAGAGAAUGGGCAGCUGCUGUUCCUCGUGAGGCACGGAUUCAGCGAGGGUGUUCAUCCAGCCUUUGCCCUGGAGAAACCUGGAACAUGUACUUUGCAUCUGGGGAUAGAGCCCCCAGAUUCUGUAAGGCACAAGUGAUCCUUAGCUUCCGCAGUGUGUGAGAGCAAGACCUUCAGGUCUGUGGUUCCCUCUUUCAGGUGUUGUUCCUACCUCAGAAGGUCUCUCACAUACUCACACUUAGGACAGCAGUAUAUACAUCAGUCAGCAAACAAGCAAAUGCCAGAGCAAAGUGUACAUAGAAGGAGGGAAUGAACAACUUCCACUACUUCAGAGCUGUUUUCUAGGUUGAAAGGACUUAGACUUGUCUUGCAAAGCAAAAAUAGAGAAGUGGGCUUUCUCCUGAUUUAUCCUGCAAGAACUCUGGUGGGCAGAUGAGUGUGUAAGGAGCGCUUCCUAGAGACCUCUCCUCCAGGCUUUUCAGAACUUGUCAUUGCACUUCAGUAGAGGACAGUGAAUCCUUAAUCAUUAGAAAAAGUAUUCUAGUUGAUCUACAUUUAUAAUUAACUCUUUUGUAAUAAUGUAUAUUGUAGAAAGUGAGUCUUAUAGAAGUUUUAAAUGUAGAAAGUACUAAACAUUACAAUGUCUAUUUUGUUAAAUAAAUGGUUAGGCUCAUCAAACUGCUGUGUGAGCUUUUUGCACGUGACUCACCAGCCUGGCAUCUCUGGACCAGGAAACCUGCGGGAGCCAUGCCUGUCUCAUGUCAGUGGGUUGCACGGCCUCAUUUUCAUGUAAAAAUGUUGCACACACAUUUUAAAAUUGAAACAUCCUCAGGCCACAGAAGCCAUGCAGUUGACUGUAAAGUAAACUACCGGUAUUUGAUAAUGUCCUCUUACUUUAAAAAAAAAAAAAGGAGCUGGUCAUUUUUAGGUAUAUUAAAAUCUCUCAAAAUCUCCCAGAAGUAUGUGUAAAGAGUUGAAAAAUUGAGACUCCAUGUUGAGGCCAUUGUUCUUAUUCUCUAUAAUAUAAAUGCUUUGAUCAUGUGUA